AUGGAAAAAAGUAGGCAAAUAGUAGAGGAUGACUUAUUGGCAUAAAAAAUGAAUAAAUUGAAAUCAAGCAAUAAUAGAAAAUAUAUGUAAUAAUAUUUUAAUCUAAAUUUAGCUAGUAGUGGUGGAUCAUAUAAUGA